GUCCAUCGGCAGGCGCCUGGGGUCCUGUCACCAUGGAAACCCUCACCGGGGAGCUUCCCACGGUAACAGUGGGACCAGGCGCGAGUGUCAAAGCAAUGGUGGUGAGGGGUAAGUGUGUGUGUGAGUGUGUGCGUGUGCGUGUGCGUGUGCGUUUGCGUGUGUGUGUGUGUGUGUGUGUGUGUGUGUGUGUGUGUCCAUAUGUGCGUUUGGCAGAGGGUACUGUUGGGUGUGGGUGGAUGGGGUGGUAGAGAAGGUGCUGUUUUUUUAGUGAAGGAGGGGUUGCACUGUCCCAUACACUGAAGAGACCCUUUCUUCAGACACUCACACACUGUUUCAUCUCCUGAGCUGUUAAACCACUAUCAGUUGAAGGUUCUUAUCUGCACUGGAUUCUCUUUGUUUUAUUUGAGUCAAUUGAAUCAGGAAAGAGAUCAAAUUUGGAUCUGAUUAUAGGGCUGGGUUGCUGAACAGUUAGGUUUAGGUUUAGGUUUGAUCAGGUUAUAGAUUGCCCUGAAUCACACUUGCAAAUCUGCAAUGGGCAUUGGUUGUUGUGGGAGGGUAUCAAUACCUGUUUUCACACACUGAAAAAAGCACGUCCUGUGCCUGGGUCCCGGUGCUGCCUAACGUUCCCACAGCCCCCUCUUCAUUACGGAAGGGGGAGAGGAAGAGUGGAAAAGAGAAAGACUAAUUAAAAGAGCAGAAAGAGGGAGGAGGAGUGAGCACAGGAUGAGACAGAGUGAAAGAGGGAGAAGAGGCUAAUUGAAAGGAAAGCAAUGACAGGGAAGAAGGGAGGGAGAGAGAGGGAGGAGGUGGUUGGGAAACGAGAGGGAGGCAGUAAGAGAUGGAGAGAGAGAGAGAGCCAAAAGUGGCAACUCUGCCAAAGUGGCCAAGUGUAGCAUUGUCAGAAUGUGGCUGUUAAAUAGUGUGUGACAGAACAAACCCGCAGCAGAGUGACACCCCCCCUGAGGAAGUGAGGGAGAGAGAGAGAGAGAGACGGAGAGGGAGGCAGAGAGGCAGGAGUUUUGGGUAUAAGUUGGUUGAAUGCCAGUGGAAGCCAAAGGAGCCGGGGGAAUCCAUGACGAGCUGAGCAGCGAGGAGACGGGGGGUGGCGCGCCAGCUGAGACUUGUGAGGGUCUCCCAGAGCAGAAGAGCAGGCACGGAGGGAGAGAGAGAGCGGCCGUCACACGGAGGAGCGCGGAGCGAGAGGAAGGAGGAGGGACGCUGCGCUUGUCGGGCAGGAGGCAGGAGGAGAGAGAAAGAGGCUCGGAGGGAGGGAAGUGGCACGGGACCGUGGGUGCUGUCCCCAGAGCUGCCCGCCGAGACCGUCCCGCUCUUCUGUCCGUCCGUCCGUCCGUCCGUCCGUCCGUCCGUCCCUGAGGACCAGGAUUCGGCCUAGCCAUGAAGAGACCCCACGACUACAGCUCCCCCGACACGGAGGUGGAAGAGCUCAUCGACGUGGGACAGGAAGACAGCUACUGUCCGGUUACAGGCUCCAUGUCUCCAGGUAGUACCUCGCAAGUUUUGGCACGCAAGAAACGCAGAGGGAUCAUUGAGAAGAGGCGGAGGGACCGGAUCAAUCACAGCCUGUCAGAACUGAGACGCCUCGUCCCCAGUGCCUUUGAGAAGCAGGGCUCCUCCAAACUGGAGAAGGCUGAGAUCUUGCAGAUGACUGUGGAUCACCUCAAACUGCUCCAUGCCAUGGGGGGGAAAGGGUACUUUGAUGCCCGUGCUCUGGCGGUGGAUUACAGGACGCUGGGGUUUCGGGAGUGUGUGGGGGAAGUGGUGCGGUACCUGAGCUCGCUGGAGGGCCUGGAGGCCCCUGACCCUAUCGGAGCGCGGCUGGUGUCACACCUGAGCCACUGUGCCAGCGAGCUGGACCCACUGAUGCAGAGUCCGGCGGCCCUUCCCUUCGCACCCUGGCCCUGGGCCUCCUUCCCCCACCUCCCGACUCCGCCCCCCGCCAACUCCGCCCCCUUCCCGGGGGCCUCUCGCAGGGACCUCCCGCCCCACGCCGCCGCCCUGCUGGCAGCCUACCCCUCGCCGGCCCUGCGGGCGGCUCCCAUUGGCUGCCUCCCGGCCGGUCGUCAGGCGGCAGUCCUGAGCCCCGCCCUGGCUGCUGUGCGCAGGGUGCCCUCCCUCCCCUCCGCCGGCCCCGCCCACAGACUCUCUCAGCCCUCCUCCGAGGGUCACGGAGCUCCGCCCCUCCUGGUCACCCCACCCUCCUCUGCCACCUCGCAGGUGUCCUUCAGGCCGUUCGCUCCGCCAGGAUCCGGCUCCGCCCAGCGCGGGGGCGCAGGGAACCCCAGCAAAGCGCCGCAACCCUGGGGCACGGAGGUCGGAGCCUUCUGACCCCCGUCCGCAAGCCUCGAACGCGCACAUCACCCUGGGGUUCGAGUCAGAGGACAGCAACAGAAGAAGAAACGAAGGAGCUCAACAAAGGCUCCCCACUCCCUUUAUAAUCCCUCUUACAGUCAGUAUUGCGCAAAGGGAGAUUUUCGGCCUUCGAACCUCGCCGUGACCCACAAUGCAAUGUGAGGCCUUCAGUGAAAAGCAGACUGUGAACACUCAACACCUUUCGUAUCCGGCAGGUUACCAGCCUGCCUGAACCCAGAACAGUAGAGCGGCAGCCGUGCGGAUGCGAGACACCCCUUAAAUGGACGCCGGGCAGGCUUUGUGUCAGCGUGGAUGAAAUGUUUGGGAUUUUGGAAUGCAGAUAGGAUGUGGGCAUGGAGGCGGUGCACCUGUGUAGUUCACAGACACCUAUACAUAUCAGUGUGCGAAUGGCACUGAUUUAAAACAGACUCCCACAGAUAUGAAGGUAUCUCCAAAACAACCAUGUAACAUCAAAUGUAUAUUGUUGCAUUUUCGCCUUUUAGUUUUUUUUUUGUUUUUUUUUGUGGUGUUGCUUAUUGUUUUUGCCACAGCAUUUAUACACAUGCUAUUAUGGAGAAUGAUAUUUUUACAUUUUUCAUUGGUUGAAUGGCUUUGUGCUGCUCAUAAGACAUUAAAAGAGAUUCUGAAAAUGA